AAUCAAGCACUCGUCUCUCCACCUCUCCUAUCUCGCCCCUCUCCUGUCAUCUGCAGGCACGGAAUGCCUUCAUUGCUUUUUGGACCGCCACAGCCCUCACAAGGGGGAACCACCACUUCUCUUCCAUCUCUUCAUGUGUCCAUACGCCCUCCUUUCUUCGUGUGACUGCAUCCCUCCAUCUCCCCUCUCCUCCCCCCAUCUCCUGUCAGGCAUGGAACGCUUUCAUUGCCUUUUGGACCGCCACAGCCCUCACAGGAGGCGCGCCGCUUCUCUUCACGGCGUUUUCAAUCCCAUUCUGGCUCGUGGGUGGCGAGUGA